GUUUAUUUUUGUUAGGAAAAUCUUAUAUUUUUGUAAAAGGAGAUUAUUACAGUGAAUAUGAAUGCAACACACCCUUAGUUGAACGGGCCUCAAUUGAUGCCACCUCAUAUAUGAGUGAGAGAGGACCAAAAAAUGCUAUACUUUAUGGUAUGCCUGAAGCACUUAACUAAAAAAAACCUUAACCAGGCUAAUAUUCAACAAAAAUGUCAAAACCUGGAGUCAGAUGGUGCUUUAAUAUAUCAAAAUGGUCUCCCACAUACCAGGAACUAUUGCUAGCAGUUAGCUGCAUUCAAACAGAAGAAAAAAUUAGGCUUAACAAGUUUUAUUUUAACAAAGACUUCAAAUAUUCCCUUAUAGGCAGACUAAUGAUGAGAAAAUUUGUAUCUGAAAACUGUCAGAUGGACUAUAGUGCAGUGAAAUUUAUCAGAGAUGAACAUGGGCGUCCUUUGCUUGAAAAUAGUGAAUUAAAUGUUAGUUUUAAUGUAUCCCAUCAGGGGGACUAUACAGUGUUUGUUGGAGAGUGUGACUCUAUGGCUUUAGGGGUUGAUGUUAUGAAACUAGAGUACACUGGUGGGAAAAGUUUACAUGAGUUUUUUAGAGUGAUGAAGAGGAAUUUCUCAACUGAAGAGUGGAAGCAGGUUUAUGCCAUGAAAACUAAACAGGAACAAAUUGGGAGAUUUUGCAGGCUGUGGUCACUUAAGGAGGCAUAUACUAAAGCAGUUGGUGUUGGGAUAACUAUGAAGUUAGAUGAUUUGACCUUUACACCAGUAAAAGAUUUGUCUAAGGACCAUUAUGUGGAUGAUACAAGGCUUGAGGUGGAAGGAAAAUAUAUGCAAAAUUGGAAGUUUCAAGAAAUAUUAAUAGAUGAUGAACAUUGUGUUUCAAUUGCCACUAAUCAGGAGGUGGAUAAACUGGAGUUUAAGGAAAUUUCAUUUAAGGAACUUAUGGAAAAUGCUAAAGGGUUUUUGCCACAGGAUGAAAGUUAUUGUUUGGAGUAUUUUAAGAAGCCUAAUAAGUCUUUUUAAAUGAGGGUUAAAUGGCUAAAAAUUAGAUUAGAGUGUGAGGAAUUUUACUUUGAGAAUAAGGAACUUUUUUAUUAUAUGAGUAUGUUACAAUAAAUAAUCAGUAUUCCUCUCUGAUAAGCUUUAACAGUAAACCAGCAAAUAAUAAUUAAGAACACGUAAUACCCGUUGGUCCUCUCCACAUCCCUGUAUUAUUGAUUAAAGAAAUAUUAUGAAGUCCUA